AUGACACAUUUUACACCCUUGAAUUCUCAGGAAUGGAACUCUAGAUUGGAAGUUAUGGUUGUGCAAAGCUCUCCUGGCAUGAGUGUUCCCAUAGGACAUGUUGAGAACCUUAGGAGCCGAUCAAUUCCGAGCGAGAAUGAAAUCCAUGGGGUUCCUAGUGGUACAUUGGAGUCUGCAAGAAAUUCUAAUGCAUCAAAAGAGGCAGCAAAUGAUGUAUCUUCUCAGGUCUCCUAUUCUCUGUUAGUUUUCUUUUGUGGAAUGUUUAUCACAGUUGAAGGCUUUAACAAAACUGGAAUCCCAAGUACUCUAUGGGACUUUAUGGAGCCCUAUUCAAAAAUCGAUCAUGUUAGUGGGAUAGCAAUUCUCGCCAUUGUCAUACUUGUCAUGUCAAAUUUGGCUUCAAAUGUACCAACUGUUCUCUUGCUUGGAGCACGAGUGGCAGCAUCGGCAGCUGCAGUUUCUGCAGCUGAUGAGAAGAAGGCAUGGCUAAUCUUAGCUUGGGUCAGCACAGUAGCUGGGAACCUCUCAUUAUUGGGAUCAGCUGCCAACAUAAUCGUGUGUGAGCAGGCUCGCCGAGCUCCCGAACUUGGGUGCACUUUAUCCUUUUGGAGCCAUCUCAAAUUUGGAGUCCCCUCAACUCUUAUAGUCACUGCCAUUGGUUUGACACUUAUAAGAUGA